AGGUCACACUCAGCUCAGAAAGAAGUAGGCAUUCGUUCAAGUCUGCCAUAUUUGAUUGUUACUACACAUAUUUUAUUCAAUUUUUUAAUAAAUUCUCAAUAUGCGGGAAAUCGUACACAUUCAAGCCGGUCAGUGCGGAAACCAGAUUGGAGCUAAGUUCUGGGAAAUCAUUUCCGACGAACAUGGAAUUGACCCAACCGGCGCAUACCAUGGUGACUCCGAUCUCCAAUUGGAACGUAUCAACGUUUACUACAAUGAAGCCAGCGGUGGAAAAUACGUUCCACGUGCCAUUCUUGUCGAUUUAGAACCCGGCACAAUGGACUCAGUACGUUCUGGUCCAUUUGGACAAAUCUUCCGACCCGACAACUUUGUAUUUGGACAAUCAGGCGCUGGAAACAAUUGGGCCAAGGGUCAUUACACAGAAGGUGCUGAAUUAGUUGAUUCAGUGCUCGAUGUUGUACGAAAAGAAGCCGAAUCAUGUGAUUGUUUACAAGGUUUCCAAUUGACACAUUCGUUAGGAGGUGGUACCGGAUCCGGUAUGGGUACCCUUCUUAUCUCGAAAAUCCGCGAAGAAUAUCCAGACAGAAUAAUGAACACAUACUCCGUAGUACCAUCACCAAAAGUAUCCGAUACUGUAGUCGAACCAUACAAUGCCACCUUAUCCGUACAUCAACUUGUAGAAAACACCGACGAAACCUACUGUAUCGAUAACGAAGCUCUCUACGACAUCUGCUUCCGUACCUUAAAACUCACCACCCCCACAUAUGGAGACUUGAACCAUCUUGUAUCGUUAACAAUGUCGGGAGUCACCACUUGUCUUCGGUUCCCAGGUCAAUUGAAUGCCGAUCUUAGAAAGUUGGCUGUCAACAUGGUACCAUUCCCACGUUUACAUUUCUUCAUGCCUGGUUUCGCUCCACUUACAUCCAGAGGAAGCCAACAAUACCGAGCCCUCACCGUUCCAGAAUUAACCCAACAAAUGUUCGAUGCUAAGAACAUGAUGGCUGCCUGUGAUCCACGACAUGGACGAUACUUGACCGUAGCCGCUGUCUUCCGAGGACGAAUGUCAAUGAAGGAAGUCGAUGAACAAAUGCUUAACAUCCAAAACAAAAACAGUUCGUACUUCGUCGAAUGGAUCCCGAACAACGUGAAGACAGCCGUUUGUGAUAUUCCACCAAGAGGACUCAAAAUGUCAGCCACCUUCAUCGGUAACUCAACCGCCAUCCAAGAGUUAUUCAAACGAAUCUCCGAACAAUUCACGGCUAUGUUCAGACGUAAAGCUUUCUUGCAUUGGUACACGGGUGAAGGUAUGGACGAAAUGGAAUUCACAGAAGCCGAAUCAAACAUGAACGAUUUAGUCAGCGAAUAUCAACAAUACCAAGAAGCAACCGCCGACGAGGAUGCUGAAUUCGAUGAGGAACAAGAAGCCGAAGUUGAUGAAAAUUAAAUUAUUUACAACCGCAUCCUCCCUCUAUCCACCCUCUCCCAUUUCUUUCAUUCGUUUUCCAUUUGCUUUGUUUUGUUUUUCAUCGUUUAACGUUUCAUUUUGAAUUCAUCGUUUUCGAAAUUUUUUAGGCCACCACUGGCUGCGCUUUAAUUAUUUAAUUUUUCUUUUUUUUUGUACUUUUCAUUUUCAAAAUGGCGUACUAUUUAAAAAAAAAAAUUAUUGCAAGUUUUGUACAGUUAUAUACAUUCCUAAUGUUGAUUAUUCGUAUUUGUCAGAAGAACUGAGAAAAUAUUAAAAAAUUCUAACUUA